AGGCCAUAUCCUCAUGGAUUUCCUAUCUCAUCUCUUAGCUCUAGGGCUCUUUGUAUCGAUUUACUUUCUUUUAUGGGGAAGAAAAACCCGCAAAAGCUACAAGCUCCCCCCGGAACCCGCCGGAGCUUUGCCGUUCAUCGGUCACCUCCACAAACUAGACGGGCAGGGCGUUCCUCUAGCGCGGCUAUGGGGGUCAUUAGCCGACAAAUACGGCCCUAUAUUCACGGUCCGCCUCGGGGUCCACCGCACCUUGGUGGUUAGCAGUUGGGAGGCCGUUAAGGACUGUUUCACCACUCACGACAAAGACUUCGCCGACCGCUCCGUCUUAUCCGCCGCCACGUACCUCGGCUACAACUACGCCAUGCUCAGCUUCACAACCUACGGCCCUUACUGGCGCAAGCUGCGAAAGCUCUUAGCCACUCAAGUGCUGUCGGCUAAGCGGCUCGACGAGCUGAAGCACGUCCGCGUCGCCGAGCUCCAGCUCAACAUCAAAGAGCUCUACGGCUCCAAGAUUCCCACGAAUCAACGGAUAAACAUAGGUCAGUGGUUUGAAAAGCUGACGUUAAAUGUCGUUCUGAAGAUUGUGGCCGGGAAGAGAUAUUCUAAUCUGGUAAUAAACGAUGAUGGCUCGGAUUACGAGGAGGCGCAGAGGAUCAUUGAUGCCAUUAAGGAUCAUAUGUAUCUGGACGCCCAGCUUGUUCUGUACGAUGCCAUUCCGUUUCCGUUGUUUAAAUGGAUAGAUUUUCAGGGCUAUAUUAAGGCCAUGAAGAGGAACUUUAAGGAAACGGAUAGCAUUCUUCAGGUUUGGAUUGAUGAGCAUGUGGAGCGACGGCGGCGGUUGAACGGCCAAGCCGAUGAUCGGGAUUUUAUCGACGUCAUGUUUUCCGUUAUCGACGAUGAGUUCACCAGUGAUCACGGUCACUCGCAAGAAACCGUUAUCAAGGCCACCGCUAUGAGCAUGAUAUUAGAUGCGUCGGACACAACCGCUGCCCAUUUGACUUGGACGCUUUCCCUGUUGCUGAACAACGGCGAUGCGAUGAAGCGCGCCCAGGAAGAGAUAGAUGCCCAAGUGGGCAAAGACCGGUGGGUGGAAGAUUCCGACGUCGACAACUUGCCGUAUCUCCAAGCCAUCGUCAAAGAAACACUGCGACUGUACCCACCAGCCCCCGUGCUAGUCCCGCACGAAGCCAUGCAGGACUGCAACGUGGGCGGCUAUCACAUCCCCAAAGGCACCCGUCUCUACGUGAACGCUUGGAAGCUCCACCGAGACCCCCGGGUGUGGUGUGACCCGGAGAAGUUCGUGCCCGAGCGAUUCCUGACCACCCACGCUAAGGUGGACGCGUCCGGGCGGCAUUUUGAGUUCGUCCCGUUCAGCUCCGGGAGGCGAUCGUGCCCGGGGAUUGCCUACACUUUGCAAGUGACGCACCUCACGCUCGCUCGCUUGCUCCAAGGCUUUGACUUCAGCAUUGAAUCGGGUUCGGAAGUGGAUAUGACGGAAACACCGGGUACAACUAUGCAUAAAGCAGCUCCCUUGGAGGUCUUCGUCGCACCUCGCCUGCCUUCUCUGCUCUACCAACUAUGAACUAUGAUGAUUCAUGAUUCCUAUUUUCUUCAUCUCACUUCACACUUUGGGUGUGUUUGAACUCUGAAUUGGUACGAUUUUGAAUCAAAUAUUUGAUAAUUGGAACCAAUUUUAGUGAAUGUAUUUUGGGUGGAAUUUGAAUAA